AUGCCAUGUAUACAAAAUAAUUCAAAUGAAUUUCUUAUUGAAGAAAUUAUAAUGUUAAAUUUUCGUGGUUAUAUUAUACCAAUAUUUAUUAUAUUUGGUAUAAUUGGAAGUAGUUUUGUCAUAAAUAGUUUUUAUUCUAUGCAAAAAUUACAACCAUCAAGAUUUAAUAUUUAUAUUAUAUGGAUUACAAUAUUUCAAAUUGUGGAUUUAAUAACUAAUACAUUUUUAGAUGAUUUUCUUGGACGUGGUUUAACAUGGGCAAGUGAUUGUAAAAUAUUUAUUAAAUUAGAUACUAUAUCAUCAUUCUCUUGUAAAAUAAUGAAUUAUAUACCUUAUACAGCUGUAUUAAUAUCAAAUACAUUAUUAGUUAUAUUUAGUAUAGAUCGUUUAUUAACUACAUGUAAACCAAUUAAAUUUCGUGGUGAUAUUUAUUUAUUAUUACCACGUUUAUUUAUUAUCAUUAUAAUAUGUAUAUCAAUGUUAUUAUAUUUACCACAAUUAAUUUAUUCUGAUUUAACAAUUCAUGAUAAUACUUCAUUAAUUGUUAAUUAUACAUGUCAAUAUGUAAAUUCAUUAUAUUUUGGUGUACAAUAUAGUUUAUAUUUAUCAACAAUAGGUGGAUAUAUAAUACCAACUAUAUUAAUAGCUAUAAUAAAUAUUAUAAUUAUUUUACGUUUACGUUAUUUAAUAAAAAAUAGACAGUUAUUAAAUAGUAAACAUAAUUCUAUUAUACAUAAGAAAAUCUCUAUUCAUAAUACUAUUAUUACUACUACUACUACUAAUAAUAAUAAUAAUAGUAAUAAUAAUAGUAGUAAUAAUACUUUGAAUGAUCGAAAAUAUUCAUUAUCAAAUCAAUUAAUACCGAAUCCAAAUAAACAAUUAACAAAUGAAUAUCAUAAUGAAAUGAGAAGAAUUAUUGGACAUUUAAUGGUUACAUCUAUUUUUUUAUUAUUUUCUAUACCAUUAAUUGUUAUUAUUAUAUUAAGACAAAAAUCAGAUUUUCAUAAUUAUCAUAUAAUUUAUCCAAUUUAUGUAAAACGUUUAAUUCAUUUAUCAAGAUUAUUUAGUUCACUUACAUCUAUUAUAUGUUCAUUUAAUUUUUUUAUAUUUUUAAUAUUUUUACCAAAUUUUCGUCAUAUGGUUUAUUUAUCUAUUUUUUCAUUACCAUUUAUUAAAACAACAAAAUAUUCUAUUAAACAUAUUGAACAAAUUGAAAUUAAAUUAUCAAAUCGUUUAAGAACACGUUUUAGACGAUCAAUUGAAUCAAAAUUAUUACAAACUACAAUGUUACAAAAAACACGUAAUAAAUCAAUAGUUAAUUAAUUCAAGAUGAUAAUAGAAAGAAAGAAAAAGAGACAAGAAGAAAAAAACGAAGAAAAAACGGAAAAAAAGAAAAAAACUUUAACAAACGGAUAUUAUUUUUCCCUCCUAUUUUAAUUCCAGUUUAUAAUAAUAACUAGUGAAUCAUAAAUGAAAAAAGAGUUCAUCUAAAGUGAAAUAGAGAAAGCAAUAUGUUGUUUAUGUAUUUCCAAUGAUUGUUAGCUGAUUUUUUUAUGUAAUUGUAUUUUAUUAAAUGAAUUUUAUAUUGAAUAUAUAAAUUAAAAUAUUUUACAAA